UUGGUAUUUUGUGGCUAUCCAGCAUGCCGUCACACUUUCGCAUAUCCAAAACGUGCGCUGGCAAACAAAAUAAAUAAGACGCAAACAUCGAGACGACUCUAUAAAUAACUUGCAAAGAUUCGCAUCAAAAACGCGUUAUAAACAAACCUUUUUGUUGAAAUUUAAGUGCAGCAGUGACAAAAACGCAGCGCCAACAUGAGCAUGAGCGAUGACGACAGAGAUAUUGACAUUGAGAGUGACGAUGAUGUGGAUUCCGAUAACGGUCUUGGCUCCUCGCGCCACACGAGCACCGCAAAUUUUUCGCAGGCCGAAAAACGAGCGCAUCACAAUGCUUUGGAAAGAAGAAGACGUGAUCACAUCAAGGAGAGUUUUACCAAUCUUCGUGAAGCAGUGCCAACGUUAAAGGGCGAAAAGGCCAGCAGAGCGCAGAUUCUUAAGAAGACCACCGAAUGCAUACAAACGUUAAGGCGGAAGAUAAGUGAAAAUCAAAAGGACAUCGAGGACAUUAAGAAACAGAACAGUAUCCUCGAUGAACAGAUACGACGACUAGAAGGGAACCCCUCGAAUGGAUCGGAAUACUUGAGUGGUGAUGACCUUAGUGAUGUGGAGGAUGCUCUGGAACAAUCAGAUUUCAGCAGACGGAGUAAAAAGUUGAAAACAUUUCAUGCAUAGCGUUUGCCUGGCAUCGCAAUAAUGUCCGCGCUGGCGUCGUAAACCAAAACCACAACAAAAUGAAACAAUCAAAACCGAAACACGGAAAUCUUCAAUGCGACGGCGUGUUAUCAUAAUCAUUACUACCUAAGUCCAAAGCAUAUAGGCCCAAUCCCCACCAAAACUAGAUCCCCUCGUCUACCUUAAUGUGUGUUAUUUUGUACUCUCACUAUAUAUACAGAAUAUGCAAUUUGUAAGUAUCUUAAAUACAUAGUACUAUGUAUUGUCUAAAAGUUAGUCUACUAAAGGUUCGCAGUGUAGAAUUGUAGAAUAUUAUAAUUGUAUAUUCUUCGAUUUAAGAUCAACUCAAGCUGGACCAUUCUAUUAAUAAACAUUUAUAGAUAUAUCUCAACA